GGAAAAGAUAGCGAAAGAGUGAAAAAAAGAAGGAAAAGGCGCACACUGAUUUCAUCCAUCUUUGUAAAUUCGAAAGAGAAAUGCCUUAAUUAGAAAGUCAAAAUCCGGGUUUUUAAUUUCCCUUUUUUGUCUGAAUUAGGGUUCUUGAAACCAUACAUUCCUGUCUACAGAAUUCCUGAAACUGAAUUGUUAUCUUUUAUUAUACAGAUCAAUGGGUCGCUCCCGUGGAAAUUUUCAUGCUGAAGACGACCCUAGUCAAAGAUCAAGGAGAAAAAAGAGUGCACAAAAUGGAGAAAAUUUGGAAUCUGUUACUGCAGGUCAAGGAUCCACUGAUGGGAAAAGGGCAUUAUACCAUUGCAACUAUUGCAACAAAGACAUUACAGGGAGAAUUCGUAUAAAGUGUGCUGUAUGUUCUGAUUUUGACCUUUGCAUAGAGUGUUUCUCAGUAGGUGCUGAGGUUCAUCCACACAAAAGUGGUCACCCGUAUCGGGUUAUGGACAUCUUAUCAUUUCCUCUCAUUUGUCCAGAAUGGAAUGCUGAUGAAGAAAUGUUACUUUUGGAGGGGAUUGAAAUGUAUGGCAUGGGGAACUGGGCUGAAGUUGCUGAGCAUGUUGGGACCAAAACAAAGGAAGUGUGCAUUGAACAUUAUAGGAAUGCUUACCUCAAUUCUCCUUACUUCCCUCUUCCGGAUAUGACACAUGUUGUUGGUAAAAACAGAAAGGAACUCCUUGCGAUGGCUAAAGAGCAUUUUGAGGACAAAAAAGGGGAAAUACAACUAAAGGAGGAAUCUCCAUUUUCUCCCUCAAGAGUCAAGGUUGAAGAUUCGUACAAAACUGGUUCUUCAGGUCGUUUGCCUUCCACCUCUGUUGCAGGAGCUAAAGGUAAUAAAAAGGCAUCCAACAUGGCCCAUGCCAAGGAUCAGGGCGAUCUAAAAAUGGAGGAUCAUAUGUCAGGGCGGAGUUUUGGGGGAAACAAGCCAAAAUCAGCAAAGGUUGAGGGCCCAUCUUUGGUGGAUUCAAGUGGUUAUAACCCGAAAAGACAAGAAUUUGAUCCUGAAUAUGAUAAUGAUGCCGAGCAGUUGCUCGCUGAUAUGGAAUUCAAGGAAACUGAUACUGAAGAGGAGCGUGAAAUAAAACUGAGAGUACUUCGGAUAUAUUCAAAGAGACUUGAUGAGAGACAACGGAGGAAGAAUUUUAUUCUAGAGAGAAAUUUACUCCAUCCUAGUCCAUUUGAGAAGGACUUAAGCCCAGAAGAGAAGCAAUUAUGCAGACGUUAUGAUGUCUUCAUGCGCUUGCAUUCCAAGGAGGACCACGAAGAGCUACUGAAAACUGUUGUAUCAGAAUAUAGGAUUCUAAAGCGGAUUCGAGAACUUAAGGAGGCAAGAGCCGCUGGUUGUCGUUCAGCUGCUGAAGCUGAUAGAUAUUUUGAACAGAAGAAGAGGGAAACUGAAGACGGUGAUCAUCGGAAGGAAAAUUCUCAGGCUGGUCCAAGCAGCCAGGAAAGUCUGAGUGUACCAGUUUCUUCAGAUUCAUUUGGUACAUACUCAACUACAACAUCUGCAGGCCAAGCCAACUCAUCAACUGAUUUGGAUUUUGUUACAAUUUCUGCUGCAAAUUUACUGUCUGAAUCUGAGAAACAACUUUGUCGUGAGAUCAGGUUAGCUCCACAACAUUAUCUGAAAAUGCAGGAGGACAUGACGACCCAAAUUAUGAUCGGCAACAUCACUAAGAAAUCUGAUGCCCAUUCCUUGUUCCAAAUUGAGGCAGCCAAAAUUGACAAAGUUUAUGAUAUGCUUGUGAAGAAGGGGAUUGUUCAAUCAUGAAUGCGCCAACAAAAACAUACUCCACAUCCACAUUCGGGUUCUGCAAAUGUGGCACUUGAUGAACUUGGAGCACCCUUGUGUGUUCCCUACCUUAUUUAGGAUACCUACACUAAUCAUUUAAUUCAGUUGGAAUUUAUUGAUUUGUUUCCAGUAAAUUAUAUCUCCUUCUUAGAUUAAGUCUCUGUAUUUUCUUGGUCUGUAUAUAUAUGAUCUAGACUCUUGUGAUUCUAUAAGUUUUGAUGAAUUAUAGAAUUCCUACUUUACUUUA